AUGAGCGAUAUUUUAUUCGAAAGAGCUCAAGUGACGCCUCAAACAAAUUUGCGUCGCAUGUCGCCGCCCUCAGACACCACAUUUCUCGCUGUUUACUGGGCUCAGGUGGGGUUUGAUAAAAAGCGGUAUCGAAUUUGUGCUGCGCCUGGAACACUGACUCUGCCCCUUGUUCGUCGUGGCGCCAUCGGACAUCGCGUGGAUGUUCACGUAGGUCUGGAAGGGGCCGCUGACCUCGACAGACUGGAAGCCGAGCUCCUCUCGCCAAAGCUGGUAGUUUUCGAAGCGGGUGAGGCGCUCAAAUACGUCAGGAUACGCGUUGCCGUGGCAACUGAAAGGACGGCGAUGGUGCGACAGCUCUUCUUCGUCAGUGUAAAGGCUCCAACUGCCGCAGUUCUUGACACCAACAAUGAAGCCCAAAUCAUCGUGUCCGGUAACACCACAAAUUUCAUUGCUGAAAAUUCUGUUGAUCGAAUCCUUAUCAGCAGUGUUUUUGUAGGCAGAAGAAACUGUCGAAAUCCGCCAUAUUUCGUCCCAUUUAACGGCUCACGGACAGCGUCGGCGGACGGCAGGAAGGACGGCAGUCGAAUGUCCCUGCACGACUGGCUGGCCUCCAACGUCAUCCCAGAUUCCAAUGCCCUCAACAAGGCCUACCUGCGUUCCAUGAAGAGGCGCAAACGUGGACCCCAAUUUACCUGCGAUUCUGGCUGGACACUUUAUAACAGCCGGUGUUACCGCUACUAUCCAGGCCAAAACCGCACGUGGCUGGAGGCACGCGGGCACUAUGAGGGCGAACACGGUUACCUGGCGAGUGUUGCGGACGCGGGGGUUGACGGCUGGCUCAAGGCCGUCCUCAAUCCCCGGCCACCAGUCUGGAUCGGCCUACAUAAGCCGGUGUUGAAUGGCGCCUGGGCAUGGCACAGCAUGGAGCAGACAAAUUACACCAACUGGGACGUAGGGUUCCCGCGACGCCUUCGUGCCGGUCGUGAGGUGCACAAUCGACGUGGGCGAAUGGGACGUCAUCGUCGUCGUCUGUUCCGCCGACAUUCGCACGCCUCCCUCCAACAGCCUUUGCCUCGCCCGCACUUCCACACCACCUGGCAGAGCUCGUCCACGUACAGUGGACGUCUCCGUCGAUCGAUUAGCGAUCAGCCACAG